AUGGAUCCUAUUAAUUCCAGAGACAAUCUCUUUUCCCGAGGCCCUUCACCUCCUCCCUCUCAGCAGCCCUUCCAGCUGCCUCCCUCACAGCCGAGCGACCAGCACGUCUCGCCUGCACCUUCACAUCUUGAUCCUCCCCCCGCACCCUCCACUACUCAACUCGAUAAUCUCUUCAACACCCUGAACGCCCCAUCCGUUUCGCAUGUUAGCCCGCAGCCAAGUCACACCAGUUCCAAUAUCUAUCUGCCGUCCCAAGAGCAUACCAACUCGAGGCACGCUAGCCCAGCUUCUGUGAACGCUGGUUCAGUUUCUUCCUCCAUGUCCGCCCCCACGAAUCCUACUGUUGAAAGGCAGAAUGCCCUGUUGACUCUGCUUGGCUCUGUCUCAGCCCCUGUAGCCAGUAUACAACUUCCUCCUGUCGGCGGUGCCGCUCCCCAGCAGGUUCCUACACCCCCUGGUUCCGCGCCGAGAAACACAAUGUCGAACAAUGAGACGCAGGGCAAAUUGCUGCUGGAACAGCUCAUGUCAGGGUGA